AUGAUUCAAUGGAGAAUUUUAUAAAAGAAGUUUUAGCUGCCAGUAACAGAGGUGUUUCAGCAGCUAAAAAUGUGUCCGGAGAACCCAAUUGGAGUUUUGGACAAUCCUUGUUUUUCGCUUGUACCGUGAUCACAACCAUUGGUUAUGGCCACGUUACUCCGUUGUCUCAAGAAGGCAAGUUGUUCUGCAUGCUAUACGCUCUUUUCGGCAUACCCCUCACGCUGGUGCUAUUGACCGCGCUGGUCGACCGGCUGAUGAUACCCACGACCAAGUACCUGCACUUCCUUAACAGUCGUCUGGGACACCUGUACCCGCCGUUCACCAUCCGACUGUUACACUUCGGCACCAUUCUGGGCACGUUGAUUUUUCUCUUUCUGUUGCUGCCCGCUGCCAUAUUCACGUACGUGGAGCCCGAAUGGAACUACAUGGACUCGUUGUACUAUUGUUUCAUAUCACUCACCACUAUCGGUCUUGGAGACUACAUCCCGGGUGACGCGCCGGAUCAAAAGUACCGACCGUUGUACAAACUUAUAAUAACCGGCUAUUUGGUUGUGGGACUCGUAUGCGUGAUGUUGACGCUGUCUAUUUACUACGACAUCAGACAGUUAAACUUUGGUGUUCUGUUCAUGUUGGAAAACGACGAAGCCCGAUCAAUCGACCCGGAAAAAAUGCGUUUACAAGAGUCCGGUACAAACAGGACCAAAUACACGAACGAAAAAGACUCGCCAACAAGCUUGGACGAUACAACGCCCAUACACAGUAUUCCUUAAAUGUAUAGAUAACCUCCAUUCGAACUACAAGAAUAAUUGAAAAUAAUUGUUGUCAUCGCAUUUCGUCUAAAACUGUUAUUUAUUUAAUUUUUUUAUUUAAUUUAUUUUUGAUGGAAAUGCUGGGAUCACUAGCAAAACGACUUAUAUAUGCUGUACGCAAUGAUGACAGUUACUACUCUACACAUACAUAUAUAUUUAUAUGUAUAUAUAUUCGACCAAAACCAAAAUCUCUAUCCUCAAAUAAAAUAUUAUAAUCAUUAUUAUAUUAUAUAAAUACUAUAUUACUAUAAAUG